AUGCCACGUGUCAAGACCCUAGUUGCCGCCACUCACAUCAGUCCCCGGCCGUGGCUGCGGCUGGCCGGCAUCAUAGGCCCCAUGGGCAAGGGCUGGUGGAGGCUGAAUGACUACAUUGUUCGGGUUAUUUUAAACAUUCCAAACAAUAACAACCAAAAUAACCCGAACAAUAUAGUCAUUCAGCCUCCUGCGGCAGCUCAAGGUGUGCCCACGCAAGUCGUAGAGCAGCUGAUUCAGCAUCAGAACUUCAAUGCUGUCUUCACGAACAUUAACGCGGGCAGGGAGGAGGCUCUAUCGAGGAGGUAUACAGACCUAGAGCAGAAUCGGGAGGCUUCGUGCCCGAAGGCGGUUAAAUUCAUGGCGGCAUGGAUUCACGACAUCGGGUCCAAAGUCUACUCAGCACAUUCCGCUCUAAAGGUCAUUCAGGCUACGGUCACAGACAUAGGGCCCGUCGUGGACAUCCUACAGCAAAGCAUUUUCAUCAUGGACUUGCUUUACGCGUCCUGCGAUGCUGGUGGUCGGUGCCACCAGUAUCACCUGGAAGUAAUGCAACAAUACUUCAACAACAACCGGCAUCAAGCUGUCAGUCCGACGGCGGAGGUCAAGGUGGACACAGAUUGA